GGUUUAAAGAGCUGCUUUACUAUAAGGAGGCUGGGAUGGUGCAGUGAAAAAGCUGAAACAGAAAUGGGUAACAGUGGAGCUGAAAGAUGCUUUAUUUCUCUUCUUGUCACUUUUGUUUCUUGGUUAUCCAGAGUUCGAAGAAUGGAAACUGCAGUGAGAAGAACACCACCUUUCCAAAAGAUGAAUUGUGCACUCAUGUCUCUUCAACACCCUUCCGCCAGUGCUUUCUGAUGACCAAAUCUGUGCGAUAGAAAACGACGACACCAUCUUGGAGUCAUCUGAGAAGAGGAAGAUGUUUUAUUAGUAGCACAUCUGGAGAUACAAGAAAAUGGGCCUUCUGCUCAAUCACAGUCACCUUUAAGGAGUCCCCCGAUCUGAGCAAGAUGCAGGACCAUAAUUCAUCACCCAAUUGCACUGACUAUUCCAUGGGCUUCCAGGCCUCCAUGUAUGCAGCCACUUACAUAAUUAUUUUCAUCCCUGGCCUCCUCGGAAACAGUAUUGCCCUCUGGGUCUUGUGGCACUUCGUCACGAAGAAGAAAAGAGCAGUCAUUUUCAUGAUCAACUUGGCUGCCGCCGACCUGGCCCACGUCUUGUCUUUGCCUUUACGGAUGCAUUACUACCUCAACCACACCUGGCUUUUCGGGAACUUCCUCUGCCAGUUCUGUUUCUACCUGAAAUACCUCAACAUGUACGCAGGCAUCUGCUUUCUCACCUGCAUCAGCAUCCAAAGGUAUCUCUUCUUGCUACACCCCUUCAGAGCCCAGAACUGGAAGUGCAGGUACGACGUAGCCAUCAGCACCGCUGUUUGGGCCGUGGUAGGAGCCGCUUGCUUACUCUUGCCGGUGCUGAGGAGCUCGAGCUUAACCAACAACACCAACACCUGCUUUGCAGAUCUCGGAGUCAGGCAGUUAAACCAGGGAGCCUCCAUCGCUUUGGUGGCAGUGGCAGAACUCUCUGGCUUCCUGGUGCCCCUUGCCAUCAUCCUGUGCUGCACGUGGAAGAUCCGACAGUCCCUGCAAGCGUCUGACACUCCCUUGCAGCGCACCAAUGAGAAGCAGAGAGCGUGGCGCAUGAUCCUCGGAUGCGCGGCUGUGUUCUUCGUAUGCUUCACGCCCUACCAUGUCAACUUCCCUGUAUUUAUGAUGGUGAAGCAAGACGUCAUCACAGACUGUUCCACACGCCACCACAUUCUUUGCUUCCAUGCCGUUUCUCUGUGCCUUGCGAGCCUCAAUUGCUGCUUGGACCCGAUUCUCUAUUAUUUCACGACUUCAGAGUUUCAGGAAAGGUUAUUCCAGUCUGCCGGUGGCAACAUCUGGAGAUCGUUCAUCAACAGGAUCCUGAACAGAGGCAGGAUCAGGGCGACCAGAGUUGGUGAGGAAGAGGAGAGAAAUACAACUGUUCUAAGGACUUAUUUUUGGACGUUUCAGCGCCACUGAUCUGAAAGCAAUAGCAUGGAGCUGACUUUGUCCGCUUAGCGAAGGGAGACGUCACGCAUGGGUGGACUUACUUGAAAUCACAUCACUUGGCCACUUAGCAUUUGAAGACUCCCGAGUCAUGAACCAAUUCCUCUGAAAAGUAUUGUGUGUGAGUUGUUGCUGGCAAAUACAAGCAUUCCACAUGCAGCAAUUAAUCUCUGCUGGCUCCCAAUUUAUCACUCGAUAUAACAACCAAUCCUUAAGUGUUAGGAACUGCAAGGCCAACAUUUAUAAAAUGUCCUUACCCAGGCAGGUCCAUAAAGUACACACGUUGUUGGGGUUUUUCAGACUGCGAGUUCAGCCUGUUUAUAUAUUAUCCAAUGGAAGAUU